ACAAGUUGCUUCUUCCCUAACCUCAACAUCAUUCUUCAGGUCUGGGUUGUGCUCUUCUACCUCAGCCAUGGCACCGAAAAAGAACAAGACGACCAAGAAGAGCAAAGGAGACAUCAAUGAGAUAACCAUCAUGGUUGAGGACAGCCCUGUCAACAAGAUCAACGGGCUGAACACACUGUUAGAAGGAGGAAAUGGCUUCAGCUGCAUUUCCACCGAGGUUACGGAUUCCGUCUAUGCCCCCAACCUCCUGGAGGGUCUGAGCACCAUGCGGCACGAGAGCUUCCUGUGCGAUCUCACCGUGUCCACCAAGUCUAAGUCCUUUGACGUCCACAAGGUCGUCAUGGCCUCAUGCAGCGACUACAUUCGCAACAUCUUGAAAAAAGAUUCCGCGCUGCAGAAAAUCGACUUGACUGACCUCUCCCCUGUCGGCCUGGCUACAACGAUCACAUACGCAUACUCGGGAAAGCUCACCUUGUCGCUCUACAGCAUCGGCAGCACCAUCGCAGCGGCCAUGCUCUUGCAGAUCGGCACCUUAGUGAAGAUGUGCAGCGACUUCCUCAUGCAGGAGCUCACUGUGGAGAACUGCAUGUACGUGGCCAACAUCGCAGAUGCCUACAAUCUUAAAGAAGCCAAGGAGGCGUCGCAGAAGUACAUGCGGGAAAACUUUAUAGAGUUCUCCGAGAUGGAGCAGUUCCUAAAGCUCACCUAUGAGCAGAUCAGCGACUUCCUCACAGACGAUUCCCUGCGUCUUCCAUCGGAGGUUACCGCUUUCCAGAUCGCCAUGAAGUGGUUGGACUUUGACGACAAGAGGUUGAAGUACGCCACCGAUCUCCUGACUCACAUUCGCUUUGGCACCAUCUCCGCGCAAGAUCUUGUAAACCACAUCCAGAGCGUGCCAAGGAUGAUGCAAGACCCCGAGUGCCACCGUCUUCUGGUGGAUGCCAUGAACUACCACCUGCUGCCAUACCAACAGAAUAUCCUCCAGUCCAGAAGGACGAAGGUGCGCGGUGGCCUCAAGGUGAUACUGACCGUCGGAGGACGGCCCGCCUUGACGGAGAAGUCUCUUAGCAAGGAGGUUCUCUACAGAGAUGUCGAUAACGUGUGGAAUCGCUUGACAGAAAUGCCGGCCAAGAGCUUUAAUCAGUGUGUGGCAGUCUUGGAUGGCUUCCUGUAUGUGGCUGGAGGUGAGGACCAGAAUGAUGCGAGGAACCAGGCCAAGCAUGCCGUCAGCAAUUUCUGCAGGUAUGACCCCCGCUUUAACACUUGGAUCCACCUGAAUAACAUGAUCCAAAGACGCACCCACUUCAGCCUCAGCACCUUCAACGGUCUACUCUUUGCCAUCGGAGGCCGUAACACCGACGGUGUUCAGGCUUCGGUGGAGUGCUACGUGCCAUCGUCCAACCAGUGGCAAAUGAAAUCGCCAAUGGAGGUGCCCCGCUGCUGUCACGCCAGCUCUGUCAUUGACGGCAAGAUCCUGGUUUCGGGAGGCUACAUCAACAAUGCCUACUCCAGAGCCGUGUGUUCGUACGACCCGUCCACCGACAGCUGGCAGGAUAAAAGCAGCCUGAGCUCGCCUCGAGGUUGGCACUGUGCCGCCACAGUGGGCGACCGCGCCUAUGUCAUCGGUGGCAGCCAGCUGGGAGGUCGCGGAGAGAGGGUGGACGUCCUAGCAGUGGAAUCCUUCAACCCUCAUUCGGGGCAGUGGAGCUACUGCACUCCCCUUCACACGGGCGUAAGCACGGCCGGUAUUUCCAUUUUGAACAACAAGAUAUAUCUCCUCGGGGGCUGGAACGAGGGCGAGAAGAAGUACAAAAAGUGCAUUCAGGUGUACAACCCUGACCUCAAUGAAUGGACUGACGAUGAUGAGUUGCCAGAAGCGACAGUGGGCAUUUCCUGCUGCGUUGUCACCAUACCCACAAGGAAAACAACACGAGAGUCAAGAGCCAGCUCUGUUUCCUCUGCACCAGUCAGUAUAUAGGCAUUAGAUAGCCAGGUACUUUACCUGCUUGUAUAGAACUCUAAUUGUCUGUUGCAUUAAUAUCUCUCUGUGGUUCUGUCAAGUGGCGGAAAAGCGUCUUUAACUGGGUCUUUUAUUUAUGUUAAUGAGACAGACAAACUUUCCAUAGUCAUCCAUUACAACAAUCAGGUUAAUAUUAGAAAUGUGUUUCUCUACGGGGCCAAUUUAGAUGUUAGUAAUUCCAUACGUCCAUUUUCUAUACCGCUUAUCCUCAACAGUUGUUCCGGGUAAGCUGGAGUCUAUCCCAGUUGACUUCGGGCAAGAGGCGGGGUACACCUUAGAAUUGGCAGAUAUAGACAAACAACCAUUCACACUCAUACCCAUUGACAAUCCAGAGUCUGCAAUUAACCUAACAUGCAUGUUUUUUGCAAAACCCAGAGACGCACAAGGAGAACAUGCAAACUCCACACAGAGAUGUCCAAACGGAGAUUUCAACCGAGAUCUCCUGACUCUCUGGCCUACAUCUAACCACUAAGACACCAUGCAGCCAUAUCAGUAUUUCAUUAGCCCUUAUUCUGAACAGUCCAUCGUUACCUAUUGUACCUCAAUUUUAAAGAUGCUACAGAAGAAGGGCUAAUGUUAGUAUUUAAUUAGCCCUUAUUCUGUUGCAUCUUUAAAUAAAAGGUAAAGAUGGGCAAUUCAAAGUAUGACGCAGACGACAGGGGAGGUGCAGCAGCUUGAGAAAAAAAGCUAUUUUUAAAGGCAAAAUAAAUUGAUUUUAAUCUGGAAUGAACAUAAAAAUCCACAAAAUAUGCUCCUGAAAAUGUUUGGAGGAACAUCCCUGCCCUGAAGGAAUCAAUAAAGUACUAUCUAUCUAUAUUAUAUUCUCGAGGAUAGGCUAACUGUACAAAACCUUUUUUUUACAUGACAUACGUUAAAAAAUCUUGCUACUAAAAGGGUUUGCAAGGCUUUUUACAAACAUGGUUCCUUCAUUAUGUAAUGACAUACACCGUAAACAAGUUCAUGAUGAACACUUUGCCAAGAAAAUGUGUGCCUACAUAUACCUACAAUAAAUGAACACAUUUUAUGUGGGCCGAUAAAAACGAAAUUUUGACCUAUUUUAGGUCUUGAGACCCUGAAGUUUGAGAAACCCUGAUUUAUGGUGAUUACAGAGCUCAGAUACUUAAGGAGGCAAAACGCUGGAAUAAAUGGGGCAACACCUGCCAGGAGUAGGUGUUGUAAAUUGUCGUCAUCAACAGCAUCGGUGAGUAGAAGAAAUGUUGCAAGGAUGGGGAUGAUGAAUGUGUUUAGAAAACUAUUUUGUAAAAAAAAUAAUUAUAUUGUAACAGAAGAUGAUGUUUCUGCCUGGGUUGUCU